AAGGAGGUCCCUUGACUCCACGAUUGUAUGACAAAUCGUUACCUAGCAACGCUCAAACUAUUUUGACAGUUACCAUAGCAACGAUUUGUAUCAACUCGACUGGAUUUUUUCUUUUGCACGUGCGAGUAGAAGCAAAUAAGUCAAGAUGCCGGAACUUAUAGAGCAGAUGUACAGCUCCCAACAAAUUGUGAUACCGCCCAAGUAUCCCUAUAUUCUGAAGAGAUAUUGUAAAGCGGCUAUAAAAACUCAACCCUACGACCUUUUAAGAUGGUCCUUCGAGUACUUCAAAGCCCUAUCAGAGCAUCGACCACCCCCAGUCAAGCUACGAUUGGAGUACCCCAUCUACAGCACUGAAGGGGGACUUACAAGAGGAUGUCUGAAGGUCUUGGCUCAUCAGGCAUGGAACGGUUUCUGCCUGGACUUCAUGGAGCUGCAGAGGAUCUUGUGUCUUUGUGAGGUCCACCUGAGAAAGGAUCAUGUACCAUUCUUCCAUUUCCUGGCAGUCGCUGGUGGAAUGCUGACCAAGUGUCUAACCCACACCAUGAUCCUGCUCUGUGAGUCUCUAACCAAGGAGCCUGAUGGUGGAUCAGCAGCUAUACCAGUUGAGGAGUUUCUCACCAUGUACAAGUACCUAGCUUUGAUAGACGCCUCCAAAGAUGUGCAGUACCAUAACGGAUAUAAAGAAGAAAAAACUGAGACAUCUCAGUAUUUCGAAAAUGAACGAAUCAGCAGUGAUGAAAACUGAUUUAUCAACUCAGCACUUACUAUAAUAGAAGUAAUUCCUUCAGGAGAGCCUAAAGAAGAAGUACGCGAAGUUGUGACUGAUACUGAAACUGAAGUAACCACUGAAAAGCUUAGUAAAAUGUUCACAGGCAUGGUGGCUGGACGUCAAAUGUCGACCACCAGCGGGGAGUUCAUAGUCCAGCAUAUUGAGCAGGAAAUAAUGGCGUACAUUGAUGAGCAGAUCGCCAUCCUACCAGACCCUGAUUUGAAAAAGAAGAAGGCAAAACCGGAAGAAGUGGCGAUGAUCAGGGAUAUCUUAGAGACCUUCCUGGAUGAAAACAUGGACAUUAUAGUACCAGAAGUGGAAGAAGUUGAAGAGGAAGAGGUGCCUAUACCCGAUAUAAUUGUAGUGUACGCAGUCCCCGGUAUCGGUCCUCCAGUGGAUAGUGAGAUCAUGGCGGACUUUGAGGAGUACAUCAGGGAGGUCACGAAGGUGCAAGCAGAGAUGGUGAUGCCAAGGAACAUUAGGCACUUCCUCUGCCCACCGCUUGAGAAAUACAUCGAGACAGAAUACGAUACCAAUGAAAAGGUACAUUCAUCAGACCAGGUUCCUGUUGGUGGUACUAUCGCCGAAUAAUUUCAAACGUUAAUGUUAUUAGAAUAUAGUCCAUUUUUUAUUGCACUAAACCAUAUUAUACGUAUGUUCUCUAAGAUCAUUUAGGAUAACUGUCGAUGUUGCAGCAUUUGACGAAUGCAUACAUCCUUCACACAACACUAGGCGGCCUACAAAUGGGUAAAGCUUGCAUCUUGCUAAAAACAAUGAUCCACGAAGCGGCAACGUUAAGCCCGUUAACAUUUUUGACGAGUUCAUGAAUUCAAGUAUAUUAUAGGUUUUUAUGGAUCGGCAAUGCACAUACAAGGGCUCGUUCACAAAACUGCGAUGCUAUGAGAUGCGAAUUCGCAACGCAAAAAAUUACGAUGCAAAUUGCUGCGAUGUGAUUUCGUGCGACAAGGCAUCUCUCAGGGUGACCAUUCCUUCGACGACCGUCGACCGUACUAAACGUAUUUUAAAUUGAAAUCUAGGACGUGACAUGGGUCGUAAAAAGAAGUGUGCACUUAGGAGAUACAGGAAAAAGGAACAAAGAAGAUUUUGGGAAGAUAAGAUUUUAAUCAAUUCGCACAUUUUUGCGAUGCGCAUCGCAGUUUUGUGUAGGACCCUUAAAGCCAAUGAUAGAACACUAGUAGAUGAAUGUCCUGCAAAGUCGUGUCGCCAACGACAUCGGGUGAAGUUGCACAACGUCAUCGGACUUUAGUCAACAUAUCUGGCAACAUGAACGUCGCUAAUGACAUAAGUUGCGCGUUGUCGCCAUAUGAUUAUAUCAAGCGAAAUCGACCGGCUUCGCUUGAUAUAUAGAGGGUAUAUGUCUUGGGACAUUGGGACCUCGAGUAUGCUUGGUUUAAUGCUCCCAAGUGUCGCAAGCGUUCAUAGGCGUAACUACUUACCAUCAAGUCGGCCAUUUACUGGU